UCUGACUUCCCCUUCCCCACAUUCCGCCAUAUCUCCACCGGCCAUACACCCGACCGAGGGUUGUCUCCGCCUUCGCUCGCACCGCGCGUUCUCCGCUUCCACGGCGCAUUCGAAGUUCGCGAGCGUCUCUCUUUAUAGCUGUGAUUGAGGCGCAUCGAACCGUGUCGGUCUCGCUUGUAUUGGGUAUCUGUAUUCGCCGCUACAGUCGAUCGAACAUGAUGCGCAUAGUUCUCCGCUCCAUUACCGCCGCGCUGCUGCUAGCCGCCUCGACACACGCCGCAUGCGAAACCAAAGGGACAGUCGUGCUCAUGGCCACCGGCGACGACAGCGAGGCCCUCGUCGUGGACGCCGACUGCGAACAGACUGAGGUGGACGUGUCCACGAGCAAGGACACUCCUACACUCACAGCCAGCAGCAUGAACAUCCAGAAAGUGCUCAGCGCCCCCGAUGUCGAGACAAUUGACCUAUCGCUCAACAACAUUACGUCCGUGGCCGUAUCAAACCUGACGACGCUGGAGAAAUUGACGUUGACGUCAAAUGCAGUCACGUCGUUCAGCAAGUUGGCGGUUCCAGACACUCUCAAGCAGUUGGAUUUGAGUUGGAACGACAUCUCGUCGUUCGACGGCAUGGCUUUGCCCGAUACCAUGACGCAGCUGUUCCUCGGUGGCAACCCGAUCUCGUCUGUGUCUGGUGUGACCUUCCCGUCGGCAUUGACGCUACUGUACAUCCACAACCUGAAAUUGACGACGUUGGAAGGCGCGACGUUCCCGGACAGCAUUCAGAUGUUGUCCCUCGUGCAGUCCGGUCUGUCGAGCUUGGACGGCGUCAACUUCCCGGACAGUCUGCAGUACAUUGACUUCUCGUUCAACACGAUUACGUCGUUGCCAACCGGAUUCCCGUCCACUGUGGUGCAGAUCACAGCCACGAACAACGAGAUCACUCAGCUGAACAAAUACUCGUUCCCGUCCAGCAUCUCGCAGCUCAAUUUCUCUGGAAACCCCAUCGAGUCGAUCCGUGGAGUUUCGUUCCCCAUGGCUCUGUCCAAACUGGACUUUGGCUCGAACGAGAUCACAAAUUUUGAGAUCUCCCGCUCGGACUAUUCCACAUUUAAGGAUCUGGACGUUUUCAACGCUGUCGUGGCACAAACGAGCUGCUCCACGUCUGGAGCUGAGUUGGUCGCUGUAUCUGGCUACAGCAUUUGCGUCAUCUCGGACGAACUGUUCGAAAGCACAUACGGUAACUCCUCGUCGUCUUCGAGUGCCGAGAGCACAGUCGCGACUCCUGUGGCCAGUAGCAACAGCAACUCGACCAUUCUCAUUGUGGUCAUUUGUCUGGCUGCGGUGCUGGCUGUGGCUCUUGCAGCUUUUGCCUACCGAACGUACCGAGUGCGUCAGACAGAGAAGGACGUCUCGGGACGAAUGGACGACAACAACUUUUUCGCUAACAACACGCUGAUGGACACGGCUACCAACUCUGGAGGUCAACACAUUAGCAACAACAACAAGCCGCAUAACUCGAAUUCGGACUCGUUCAACACUAUCUUCAGUGGCGGUAAAGUGACGAUGAUGGGCGGUACGGCGAUCGAGUCGGCUCUGGUAAAGUACCGUGUACCUGCCAAUGAGGUUCACAUUGAACGAUCCAUUGCCAAGGGAGGCUUCGGUAUCGUGUACCUUGCCAACUACCAGAAUCGCCCUGUAGUAGUCAAGAAGAUUCUACCGGAAAAGGCGGCAGACGACCGCUGUUUGAGUGCGUUUAUCGAGGAGAUUAAACUCAUCUCAUCACUGUCGCAUGCCAAGAUUGUCCGGUUUAUCGGUGUGAGCUGGAGUAUGCUGUCCGACAUGGCUGUACUGAUGGAAUACAUGCCCAACGGCGACUUGGAUAUGCUACUGAAACAGCAACACGAGCGACAAGAAAUGUACCCCAAGGAGUUCGACUGGUACCAGAACUCGUCCGUAUUGCCAGCCAAGGCCUCGAUCGCUCUGGAUGUGCUGGAAGCCAUCGUGUAUCUCCACUCGUUCCCGUCGCCUAUUAUUCACCGCGAUCUCAAGUCAAAGAACGUGCUGCUAAGUGCGUCCUACGAGGCCAAACUGAGCGACUUCGGAGUAAGUCGCGAGUGGCAAGUGGACACCACAAUGACGGCAGGUAUCGGCACGAUGGCCUGGAUCGCCCCCGAGGUGCUGCGAGGCGAGAGAUACACCGAGAUGGCUGAUAUCUACUCGUUCGGUGUGAUUCUGUCCGAACUGGCCACAUGCAUCAAGCCAUUCGACGGCGUAACAAACGCACUGAUUGUCCUAAAGGUCACGAGCGAAGAGAAGCCUGAUCUGGGCCAGAACUGCCCCGAGGACAUCCGAGAGCUGGCAGAUCGCUGCUUGAGCUUCAACGCCAACGACCGUCCGAGUGCGAGCGUGGCGCAUUACGAACUGCGUACGCUGCUCAAGUUGCACUCGGCUUUUGAACUCUAGGUAGUUGUUCUCUCGGGUAUCCUAUAUGAAUAGUAAGCUUCAAGACGCAAGUGGCGAGCCUGGAGGUAUCGACAAAGCAGAGAGAGAGAGAGAGAGAGAGAGAGGCGGCAGGGAACACCAACCCCAUUGGGUAGUGUCAUAAGUAAAUAUGUCUAAAGCGUGUUUGGUCAUUUCUCACUCCGGCUACAUGCUGUGCGUGUGCAUGA